UGUUAUCUGAGUAUCCUACUAGUCCCACUUAUAAAGAAAAAAUUCUCAGGAAAAAAGAUGCUAGGAAUAUGGCAUUUUAUUACAAGUGGCUUGGCAUGAAUAUGGGAUUGCUAGAAAAGAAUUUUCUAAUGAUCACAUCAGAACUGCAUGAACUCUAAAGGAUAUGAAAACUACUGCAGCAUUCACGGGAAGCUAUUUUCUUUUUCUCAAUAUGCUGCGUGUUUUGCUUUAUGUUGAGUUACUUACAUACUAUCCAUCUUAAAGGACUGAAUAAGUGAAAACACUCCUGUUCCUUAGGAAAUUAGGGAAAAUGUGAAGAAGUUAGAAAAUUUUAGAAGUUAAUUAAAAAAUUGAAAAAGGAUAUAGUUCCAUGUGCAAUUUGUUUUCCACGUUUUCUGCUCCUUAGAUAUCAUCUCUUCACACUGAUUAAUAUAAGAACCAAGAGAUGAGCGAUCAGAAAGUGAUUUAUUCCACCCUGAGAUUUCUUCAGUCUCCUUCAGAGUCACAAAAUAGAAUAAGGCCAGGUAGGACUCAAAGGCCUGGGAAAACUGAUGACAAAGAGUUUUCAGUGCCCUGGCAUCUCAUUGCGGUGAUUCUUGGGAUCCUCUGUUUACUACUAUUGGUGACAGUUGCAGUGUUGGGGACAAAGAUUUUUCAGUAUAUUCAAGAAAACCAUCAGCAGAGGGAAAAGAUAAAAAAUUUGAGCCAAGAGUACCAAAUUGUGCAAAAUGACAGCUACUUCAAGGAGCAACUUUUGACAAAUAAGAUUUUGGAAUAUAGCAGUCGUGAAAAUGAAAGUCUUCAGCAGAAAAUGAAGCAGGAUUUUAUAGAAAGGACAUGCCAGAGAAAAAAUAUAGGCAAACUCUAUGAAAGCCACUGGUCCUGUUGUGGAAUAAAGUGUUACUAUUUUAUUCCUGAAUAUAAAAACUGGAAGGGAUGUAAACAGACAUGCCAAAGCUAUAAUUCAUUUCUUCUGAAGAUAAAUGAUCAAGAUGAACUGACCUUCAUUCAAACCCAAACUUAUAGGAAUUACUACUGGAUUGGAUUAUCAUAUAAAGGAGGAGAAAGAAAACGGAAAUGGAUUGACAGUGACCCACUUUUGGGGAUGCACUAUGCAUUCAUGAAUAUUUCUGGGAGAGGACAAUGUGCAUUUUUAUCUUCAACAAGAAUAACAAAUGCUGAGUGCUCUCAGAAGUACAAUUGUAUCUGUGAGAAGACAAUUGGUGAUAUUUUCUUUCCCUGCUUCAAUAAUUAUAAGAAAAGAUGAGAUAGAAUUUUGUAAUUUUUUUUGUUUGUUGCUGUGAUAAUUUGUGAUUAUUUACAAACUAAUGUUUUUGAUAGCAGGACUUAGUUUACUGUGGAAACGGAGAUGAGUUAGAGAAGGAAGAAAAUGUUCUUUUUGGACUAUGAUUUAAGAAAUUAGAUACCUGAUCUUUUCUUGAGGAAGAGGGCAAGAUUUUGUCUUUGGAGAGCAAUUUCCCCUCUCUUUAAUGGCCCUGAGAAAUUCUCUCUUUCUAUUUCCCUGAAGCAAUUAGACAUCUCUGAUAGUCUAGUCUUUUCCUUAUUAAUAGGCUGGGUCUUUCCUUAUUAAUAGGAUGAAUCAUUUAAAUAGCCUCGGCUUUGAGGGAUGGCACGAUUAAGAACUAAAAAAUAGUUAUCUAGCCUCCCCUCUCCCAUCUAGAUAAUCACCUCUCAUUAAAAUGUUUUUCUUUUGCUAUAAUUUUAUACUUCCUGAAUAGUUGAAACAACAGUAUAGAAACUCUCAUGGGGCACCUGGGUGGCUGAGUUGGUUAAGCAUCCGACCUUGGCUCAGGUCAUGAUCUCGUGGUUUGUGAGUUUGAGCCCGGCAUCAGGCUCUGUGCUGACAGCUCAGAGCCUGGAGCCUGCUUCAGAUUCUGUAUCUCCCCCCAUCUCUCUGCCCCUCUCCUGCUCACACUCUGUCUUUCUCUUCCUCAAAAAUAAGUAAACAUUAAAAAAAUGAAAAAAAGCCCUUUCAUAUAGUCUUUGCACAUUUACCAUUUGUUAAUAUUUUGUCCUAUCUGUACUUUAUAGUCCUUCUCUCUCUCCCCUCCCCCCACCCUGCUCACCUGUUUGAUAAUAAAUCGGGGUCAUUAUGUCCCUUUCCUAAAUGUUUUAUUAGAGCUAGUACUUUGUCUUGUAUAACCAUAGUAAAAUUAUCAAAACCAAGAAAUUUAGCAUUGACAGAGUACUGUGUUUUCAUCUAUAACCCAUAUUCAAAUUUGUCAACUAUCCUGAUUAUAUCAUUUAUAGGCAUUUUUCCUGCACGUUUCAGGGUCAUAUGAUACAUUUAGUUGUGAUGUAUCUUUUUGUUUUGUUUUGUUUUGUUUUACAUUUUAUUUUAGAGAGAGAGAGAGAGCGUGAGAGGGGGAGAGCCAGAGGGAGAGAGCAGACUCCAUGCUCAGUGCUGAGCCCAACGCAAGACGAUCUCACGACCCUGGAAUCAUGACCUGAGCCAAAAUCAAGAGUCAGUUGCUUAACUGACUGAACCCCCCUCUCAGGUGCCCCAGUUGUGAUGUUUCUUUAAUCUGGGAGAAUUCCUCAGGGUUGUUUUCCUUGACCUCGACAUUUUAAAAUGCAACUUUAUUGAGUUAUUCUUUCAUGCAAUAAAACGCAUCCAUUUUAAGUCAUGAGGUCAGUGGGUUUUUAACAAAUGUAUACAUCUCUUAAAUACCAUCGGGUCAAAACAUAGAACAUUUCUAUCACCUAUAAAAGUUCCUUUCUUCCCUCUCACUACCCACUGGUUCCCAGACAACCAGUUACACAUUCUGUCACUAAAGGAUUAGUUUUGACUGUGAGAGAAUUUCAUAAUCAUGUACUCUUUCAUGUAUCAGUAGUUCAUUCUUUUUUUUUUCUGAAUAGUAUUCCAUUGUACCAAUGUACCAGAGUUUAUUCACCCACCUAUGGAUAUUUGAUGUAGUUCCUACUUUUGUCUAUUACGAAUAAACCUGUCAUGAAUACUUUUGUAUAAGUUUCUGUGUGGACAUGUGUUUUCAUUUUUUUUAAAGUUUUUUUUAUUCAUUUUGAGAGAGAGAGAGAGAGAGAGAGAGAACAUCUGCAUGUACUAGUGGGAGAGAGGCAGAGAGAGGAGAGAGAGAAUCCUAAGCUGUGCUUACAGCACAGAGCCUGAGGCAGGGCUCCAUCUCAUGAACCAUGAGAUUAUGACCUGAUCUGAAAUGAACAGUCUGACGUUCAAUCUACUGAGCCACCCAGGUGCCCCCUGCCCCCCUUUUAAGUUCAUUUAUUUAUUUUGAGAUUUUUUUUUUUAAUUUUUAAGUGUUUGUUUAUUUCUGAGACAGAGACAGAGACAGAGUGUGAGCAGGGAGAGAGAGGGAGACACAGAUUCUGAAGCAGGCUCCAGGCUCUGAGCUGUCAGCACAGAGCCCGAUGUGGGGCUCGAACCCACAAACCAUGAGAUCAUGACCUGAGCUGAAGUCAGAUGCUCAACCGACUGAGC